AUGAAUCUAGUUCUAAUCUUGACCAACGUUUUCAUAACGUACUUUGUCUUUGCCUCGGGCAUCAUAAAUGCCGAAGAAUUCAAGCUCGACUACUCAAUAGCGGCAAGCGAACUACCCCCCGUUGAAGUGGUUGGUAACAAGUUUUUCAACACUGACACUAAGGAACAGUUCUUCAUUAAGGGGAUUGCUUACCAGCCUAGUCAUUCGAGCGAUCUGCAAAGUCUUGAGGCGCUAGGAAGUGACGCAAAAUACAUCGAUCCCUUGGCAUCACCAGAAUUGUGCUUAAGGGACGUACCAUAUCUCGCUAAUCUGGGUGUGAAUACAAUAAGAGUAUACUCCAUUGACCCAAAUAAAUCUCAUGACGUUUGCAUGAAGGCACUGUUGGAGAAGGGGAUUUAUGUCCUGGUAGAUCUAUCCGAACCGGAUGCGUCUAUCUCAAGGGAUACGCCUAACUGGGAUGCCCGUGUAUACCAAAGGUACAAAAAUGUAGUAGAUGCAAUGCACCAAUAUCCCAAUGUUCUAGGGUUUUUUGCGGGCAACGAAGUCACAAAUGAUAUAACAAACACAGACGCUUCUCCAUUCGUGAAAGCGUCAAUACGCGAUGUUAAAGAACACAUAUCAAAAAUGAACUACCGAGAAAUUCCUGUCGGAUAUUCAACGAAUGACGACGAGGAUACUCGAGAAAACCUUGCCAAAUACUUCACUUGUGGAGAAUCAAUUGCUGAUUUUUAUGGAGUUAACAUGUAUGAAUGGUGCGGUUAUUCGUCUUUCCAUACUAGCGGAUAUGAUAAAAGAACACAGGAAUUUAGGAAUUAUCCGGUUCCAAUCUUCUUCUCGGAAUUUGGUUGCAAUUUGAUUCGACCUCGACCCUUCACAGAGGUAGAGGCGCUUUACAGUAAACAAAUGACAGAUGUUUGGUCGGGUGGGCUGGCAUACAUGUACUUCGAAGAAGAAAACCAUUAUGGUGUGGUGAAGAUAGAUUCAAACAACCACGUUGUUGUUUUGAAGGAUUUUGAAUUCCUGAGAGAUGAAUUCGCUAGGGCCAACCCCAAGGGGACGAUCAAAUCAGAAUAUCUGCGAAGGUUGGAACUAGCCAACAAAAAGCCGCCCAGAAGAGAAUGUCCAGCUCUCUCCAGCAAUUGGAAAGCUGCCGAAGGAUUGCCCGCAACUCCUAAUCAAUCUAAGUGCGCCUGCCUGGAUAAUGCGUUACCUUGUCUAGUGUCACCAUUCAGUGACCGAUCCAAAUACAGGGAAUAUUUUGAGUAUAUAUGCGGUGAAGUAGACUGCACUGAUAUCGCGGCAGAUGGUGAGAAUGGCCGUUACGGUGAAUUUUCAGAUUGUAGUGCAGAUCAGAAACUUGCGUUGGAGAUAAGCAAGAUGUUUUAUAGCGGCGCCGAUGGCGCGGAGGCCUGUCCAAUUGCAGACGAAAAUAUUCACUUUAACAGUGAAUUUAAGAAUAAGCCACAAGAUCCAAAGUGUGCCACCUUAAUUCUUUCUAUUGAAAAUGUGUCGAAAGCACGUACAGCCGGUGAUCGAAAUUUGAAUCGAAGUAACAACGGAAUAGCAUCAUCGGGAAGUCACAAGCAAACAGCAGAAUGGAUUUUAUUUCUGAUGGCAUUUGGAAUAUGGACAGGUUGGCUUUUAUAA